AUGGCAAGCGAAGAACCGAUUUCCGAGGAUAAGCUCGUGGAGCUUUUCUCCAAGGUUGGUUUUGAUGAUAAGAGAAUCAAGGAGAUUAUGAGCAACAAAAAGAUCUCACAAUCAUUGGGAGAACUUAUUGAAUUGACGGGAAGCAUUCAGAAUGGUGAACAGCUUGACAAGUCAAAGGAUGCUUUAUUGCAUAAUGUGGCAAACAUGCUUAAGGGAAAGCAUUUCAAGCACAUUGAUACACUAGUCAAGUAUAUUGUGUCGGACAAGCUCACCACAAACUUGCAGAUUAAAGAGGCAUUCAAGUACAUAAAGGCACAUCAGGACCAAGAUGCAAAGGCUGUGUUUAACGAGGCGGCGUUUGAGGAAGAGUCUGGUGUGGGAAUAAACGUUUCUCCAGCUCAGGUUAAGGCAGAAAUCGGCAAGUACUUUGAGGAAAACAAGGAUGAAGUCAUCGCUACCAGGUACAGAGCAGUGCCUAAGAUCUUUGCACACGUCAAGGGAAUCAAGGCGCUCAAAUGGGCAUCGCCCUCGCUCUUCAAGCCUACCAUUGAUGCAUUUUUGCUCGAGUAUCUAGGACCAAAAGACGAGAGAGACACCCAGAAGCCCAAGAAAAGCGGCAAGAAGAAGCAGGCGAAGAAUGCCAAGAAGGAUUCCAAGCAUGCAGAAUCGGACUUGACCUCUGGAAAGUCACACAACAUGUUUACAGAGGGAUUUCUUGGGGAUCUUCACAAGCCGGGAGAAGAGCCUCAAAAAUGGUCAGAUGUGAUCCAGGCACACCGUGAUUUCAUCCAAGGUCACGUGUACACGCGAUUUCCACCAGAGCCGAACGGAUUCUUGCAUAUUGGCCACUCGAAGGCCAUCAUGGUGAAUUUCGGAUUUGCGAAGUACAACGAUGGAAAAUGUUAUCUUCGUUUUGAUGACACGAAUCCAGAGGCAGAGGACCAGAUUUACUUCGAUUCCAUAAAGCGGUGCGUGAAAUGGCUUGGAUACAAGCCUUGGAAAAUCACAUAUUCGUCAGAUUACUUCGACAGGUUGUACGAGUUGGCCGAGCAGCUUAUUAAGACUGGAUACGGGUAUGUGGACCACUCAACUCCGGAACAGGUGAAGGAGCAGCGAGGAAUUAAAGCCGACGGAACGCCCGGCGGCAAGAGAACGGCCUCUCCAUGGAGAGAGAGACCUGCAGAAGAAUCGUUGGCAGAUUUCAGGAAGAUGAGAGAUGGAUUCUACAAACCGGGAGAGGCCACCUUGAGAAUGAAGCAGGACUUGAACUCUCCUUCUCCCCAGAUGUGGGAUUUGGUGGCCUACCGAGUGCUCGACAAGCCACAUCCAAGAACUGGCUCCAAGUGGAAAAUAUAUCCAACUUACGACUUUACGCACUGCCUUGUCGAUUCGUUUGAGAACAUCACGCAUUCCUUAUGCACGACUGAGUUUAUCAUGAGCAGGAAGAGUUACGAGUGGCUUUGCGACGUUUUGCAUGUGUACAGACCACCUCAGCGUGAAUAUGGACGGUUGAACAUUACUGGAACAGUUCUGUCCAAGAGGAAGAUUGCCAAACUUGUCAAAGGCAAGUAUGUGAGGUCGUGGGAUGACCCUAGGCUCUACACUUUGGAGUCUUUGAGGAGAAGAGGAGUUCCUCCAGGGGCCAUUUUGACCUUUAUCAACACGUUGGGUGUGACAACUUCCACCACCAACAUUCAGGUGACUCGUUUUGAGAGUGCGGUCCGCGACUAUUUGAACGACACCACUCCAAGGUUGAUGAUGAUCGUCGAUCCGUUGAAGGUUGUUUUGGACAACGUUCCGGACGACUUUGGCGAGACUGUUGAGCUCCCAUACAAGCCAGGAAACAAUUCCAUGGGUUCGCACACUUUGACUUUGACCAAAAUCUUCUAUAUUGAUGCAUCCGACUACCGGGAUGAGAAAUCCAAGGGUUACUUCCGUUUGGCACCUGGCCAGCCGGUUGGUUUGAUGAGGGUUCCACACAAUAUUGCAGUGAAGUCAGUUGAGAAAGACGAAAACACCGGAAAGCCGGCUUUGGUCCACGCCGAGUACAUAGAGGAGGAGAAUACGGGAAAGAAGUCGAAACCCAAGGCAUACAUCCAGUGGGUUCCGAUUUCCGAGUCCCAGAACUCGCCUGUGAAAAUAUCAGAGGUCCGUGUUUACAACCAGCUUUUCAAGUCCGAGAAUCCAGACUCCAACCCUGAUGGAUACCUUGCUGAUCUCAACAAGGAGUCCGAGGAAGUUAUUAGUGGUGCUUUGAUCGAGCCUGCCUUUAGAGAUAUUGAGGCUAGGUCUCCUUUAAAUAUUCCAUUCUCGGACCCUCGGUUCUCCAUUAAGGAGGAAAAGGGCCCUGAAACAGUCCGUUUCCAGGCUGUCAGAGUUGGUUACUUCUGUGUUGAUAAGGAGUCUUCUGAUGAGAAGCUUGUUUUGAACAGAGUUGUCACUCUUAAGGAGGAUUCUGCAAAGAACUGA